GUUAUUGUUAAAAACACUCAUAAUUCAAAAUUUUUCUGAACUGAGUGUGCAACGAUGAAGCCUUGAUUAUAAAUAAUAAUGUCAGUAACAUAAAGUUAACAACAUUAAGUUAGUUAACAUAAUAUUAUUGUGAUUAUGUAACUUAAUGUUAUUGUUACUACUGAGUAUUCCGAGAUCAUAAUUUUUUAUGUUACGCAAAAACAAACAUUUAAAGAUAUUUAAAUAAUAAUAAAAAAAAAAAAACAAAUAAGCGUCUAUUGCAUAAAUAUUCCUUAUUCUUAAAUUAUUUGACAUUUAAUUACUCAUUCAAAAGUUUUCAACCAUGAAACAGGAUGAAGGAGUCGAAAAAGCAAGUGAAGGAUCUUCAAGUUUUUAUGGCAACCUGAUAUGUCCUGCAUUCACAACUGUAUCAAAAGGUGAUGGUUUUGAGAAGAGAUGUUACGAAGAGUCAACAUGGGUAACAACAUCAAUUCAAGCUUCAAAUAAUCAAUCCACCUCGUUUCGAACAAUGUUUCAAAACCUCUUUAAAUAUAUUAGUGGAGAAAAUGAUCAAAACGUUAAAAUACCAAUGACCGCACCCGUUCUUGUCUCAGUAAAAUCGUUGCCGGAAAAUUUUAGGGACAUUAAAAUGCAUUUUUUUGUUCCUCCUACAAGCUUAGUUAUACCAAAACCUACUUCAGAUGCUGUGAAGCUUGAAAAAUAUCCUAAAUUUUGUGCAUACGUUCGAGUUUUUGGCGGUUAUCAGAUGGGUGUUAAUAAAGACAUGUUUUUUCAGCGUAAGCAGCUUACAGAUGCACUUGAUAAAGCCGGUCUAAAAUAUAAUGAAAAGAAUUUGAUUUAUGCAGGUUACAAUUCACCUUUUAAAUUGUUUAACAGGCAUAAUGAAAUUAUGGUAGAAAUUGAUUCACAAGAAUCGGCUUUUUAAAGCAGUAUUUAAAACAAGCUUUAAUUCCAACUAGAUCUACAAAUAAACCCACGACAAGUAUUUUAAGUAGAUUAUUUAACUAAGUAAAAGUCUUGUGGAAAAGAAAUUAUCAGGAAAAAUUCAAAGUAGCGUAACUCAAGAUGCCAGAAAAAAAUUGUAGCCCUCUUGCUAUUCCAUUGAUAAUCGUACAACUUUAAAUCCAUUUGUGCCGUGUUUUUUGUCGUAGUGUAAAGAUUAUUUAUCGUAUCAGUUCUUAUGGCGUUGUUGUUGUUGCUAACAACAAAUGUUUAUGCAGAUUCUUAUUAAAAAAUCGUUUUCUGCUUCAAACGUUAUUAUUUUUUAAAUAAUAUUAUAGAUUUGUUUUACUUAAAAAAUAUUCAAAAGUUGUUGAUUU